CUGCACUACGGGACCCUCCUGGGCAGCAGAGCUUGUGUCCACAUGGCAGCAGCUGCCUGGGGCAGUGGGUUGCUUUACGCUGUGCUGCACACAGCCAAUACAUUUUCACUACCACUCUGCAAAGGCAAUACCUUGGACCAGUUCUUCUGUGAAAUUCCACAGAUCCUCAAGCUCUCCUGCUCAGACACCUACCUCAGGGAAGUUGGACUUCUUGUGGUUAGUUUCUGUUUAGUCUUUGGCUGUUUUGUUUUCAUUGUGCUGUCCUAUGUGCAGAUCUUGAGGGCCGUGCUGAGGAUCCCCUCUGAGCAGGGACGGCACAAAGCCUUUUCCACGUGCCUCCCUCACCUGGCCGUGGUCUCCCUGUUUCUCAGCACUGGAGUGUUUGCCCACCUGAAGCCCCCCUCUAUCUCCUCCCCAUCCCUGGACCUGGUGGUGGCAGUUCUGUACUCGGUGGUGCCUCCAUGUUUUUGGUGUUAA